GCUUUUUUUGGGAAAAGAUCCGAAAGGAAAAUAUAUGGACAGCACACGACGAAUUAAUUCCGUUCUAGAAAAGUGGCACACGCCCAUACGCUCCAUUUGUCUUCCACACUCCCAAUUCUGCAAACGCCAUUAUCAAUCAUCUCUAACCUUCAUCACCGCCAUACCUCAUCUUCUUCGAUUUCAACAAACCUUAUCACCCAAUCCUUGGAUGUUUCUGUAAUUCAGUCGUUAUCAUCAUGUAUGUAACUGGACCCCAUUCUGCAGCUCUCCUUCGAAGAGCUUCAAGGUCCUCUUCCAGGCUUCAUUCUUCAAUCUCCAGGACUCAAACAUCUCCCACGCCUUCCUCAGAUCCAUCUCCCAUCGCUUCUCAGUACCGAUCUUACAGCGGCGCAUCCUCCGCCUUUCGUUCUGUUAGAUCAUCCGUCCCACGAUGGAGCCACGGUGUUGAUUGGAAGUCUCCCGCUACUCUCACGUCUCAGAUCAGGAUCGCUGCUUCUCCUGUACUCGAUCGCUUCCACCGUAGUUUAGCUACUAUGGCGUCUCAGAAUGUUUUUAAUGGAAUUCUAACUGGUCUUCCCAAGCCUGGCGGUGGGGAGUUUGGAAAGUUCUAUAGUCUGCCUGCUUUGAAUGACCCAAGGAUCGACAAGUUGCCGUAUUCUAUUAGGAUACUUCUUGAAUCUGCAAUUCGUAAUUGUGAUAAUUUCCAAGUUACUAAGGAAGACGUCGAGAAGAUAAUUGAUUGGGAGAAGACUUCUCCAAAGCAAGUCGAGAUUCCAUUCAAGCCCGCCCGUGUUCUCUUGCAGGAUUUUACUGGUGUACCAGCUGUUGUUGACCUCGCAUGUAUGCGUGAUGCCAUGAAUAAUCUAGGUGGUGACUCUAACAAGAUCAAUCCUUUGGUGCCAGUAGAUCUUGUCAUUGAUCAUUCAGUUCAAGUUGAUGUAGCUAGGUCAGAAAAUGCAGUACAAGCAAAUAUGGAACUUGAAUUUCAAAGAAACAAGGAGAGAUUUGCUUUUCUUAAGUGGGGAUCAAAAGCUUUCCAGAACAUGCUUGUUGUUCCACCAGGAUCUGGUAUCGUGCAUCAGGUUAAUCUUGAAUACCUGGGUCGGGUUGUUUUCAACACUGAUGGAAUGCUCUAUCCCGAUAGUGUUGUGGGAACUGAUUCCCACACUACAAUGAUUGACGGGUUAGGUGUUGCUGGUUGGGGGGUUGGAGGAAUUGAAGCUGAGGCAACAAUGCUUGGGCAGCCAAUGAGCAUGGUUUUGCCUGGGGUUGUUGGCUUUAAGUUAUCAGGGAAAUUGCGUGAUGGUGUAACAGCUACUGAUUUGGUUUUAACUGUCACCCAAAUGUUGAGGAAGCAUGGUGUCGUUGGAAAAUUUGUUGAAUUCCAUGGUGAUGGUGUGGGUAAAAUAUCUCUAGCUGAUAGGGCUACCAUUGCCAACAUGUCUCCUGAAUAUGGUGCAACAAUGGGGUUCUUCCCAGUGGAUCAUGUCACUCUUCAAUAUCUCAAAUUAACUGGACGAAGCGAUGAUACUGUAGCAAUGAUAGAAGCAUAUUUAAGGGCAAACAACAUGUUUGUUGACUAUAAUGAGCCACAACAAGAAAGAGUAUACUCAUCCUACUUGGAGCUAGACCUUACAGAUGUAGAACCUUGUAUAUCAGGGCCAAAGAGGCCUCAUGACCGGGUUCCUUUGAAAGACAUGAAAGCAGAUUGGCAUUCUUGCCUUGACAACAAAGUAGGAUUCAAGGGCUUUGCUGUACCAAAAGAGGCACAGGACAAAGUUGCAAAAUUUUCAUUUCAUGGACAACCAGCAGAACUCAGGCAUGGUAGUGUUGUGAUUGCUGCUAUCACGAGCUGCACAAAUACAUCAAACCCUAGUGUUAUGCUUGGGGCAGGCCUUGUUGCGAAAAAGGCCUGCGAAUUGGGCCUAAAGGUCAAACCAUGGGUUAAAACAAGUCUUGCUCCAGGCUCUGGAGUUGUUACAAAAUAUUUGCUACAAAGUGGAUUGCAGAAGUAUUUGAAUGAGCAAGGGUUCAACAUUGUUGGCUAUGGCUGCACAACAUGUAUUGGCAAUUCAGGGGAUCUGGAUGAAAGUGUUGGUUCUGCGAUAACUGAAAAUGAUAUCAUUGCAUCUGCUGUUCUCUCUGGGAACCGUAACUUCGAAGGACGUGUUCAUGCUUUGACAAGAGCAAACUACCUUGCAUCACCACCUUUAGUUGUCGCCUAUGCCCUAGCAGGCACGGUUGAUAUUGAUUUUGAGAAGGAACCAAUUGGAGUUGGAAAAGAUGGAAAGGAUGUUUAUUUCAGGGAUAUCUGGCCAAGCACCCAAGAAGUUGCAGAUGCCGUCCAAUCAAGUGUUUUACCCGCCAUGUUUAAGAGUACUUAUGAAGCUAUCACCAAGGGAAAUCCUAUGUGGAAUGACCUAUCAGUCGAAGAAUCCAAGUUAUACUCAUGGGACACAAAGUCUACUUACAUCCAUGAGCCACCAUAUUUCAAGAACAUGACAAUGGACCCGCCCGGGGCCCAUGGUGUGAAGGAUGCCUACUGCUUGCUGAACUUUGGUGACAGUAUCACAACAGAUCACAUUUCACCUGCAGGAAGCAUCCACAAGGACAGCCCGGCUGCAAAGUUCCUUCUUGAACAUGGGGUUGAUCGCAAGGACUUCAAUUCUUAUGGUAGUCGAAGAGGUAACGAUGAAAUUAUGGCAAGGGGUACUUUUGCCAACAUCCGCAUUGUUAACAAACUCUUAAAUGGAGAAGUGGGCCCAAAGACGGUACAUAUUCCCACCGGAGAGAAACUCUCUGUGUUUGAUGCUGCGUCGAGGUACAAGGCUGCUGGCCAGGAUACCAUUGUUUUGGCUGGAGCAGAGUAUGGUAGUGGAAGCUCCAGAGAUUGGGCUGCCAAGGGCCCUAUGUUGUUGGGUGUUAAAGCAGUGAUUGCUAAAAGUUUUGAGAGGAUCCAUCGCAGUAAUUUGGUAGGAAUGGGUAUUAUACCGCUUUGUUUCAAGGCCGGCGAGGAUGCAGACACGCUACAGCUGACUGGCCAUGAACGAUAUAACAUAGACCUACCAAGCAAUAUUAGUGAGAUCCGGCCUGGUCAAGAUGUGACCGUGACUACCGACUCUGGGAAGUCAUUCACUUGCACCGUACGCUUUGACACGGAGGUGGAAUUGGCGUAUUUCAACCAUGGUGGCAUUCUCCCGUACGUUAUUCGACAACUGACUACACAAAAGUGAAAUGCUGUUUCAAUUUGAGCCAAAAUAAAGAGUUAUUCUACCAACAGACACAAUCAAGAUAGUUGACAAAAUGAGUUUCUUUGUCAUGGGAAGAGGUGUUUUCUGCUGCUGAUUUUUUAUUUAAUUAUUUUCGUUUCCAAAUUUAUGUAUCAUGUAUCCAAAUUCCAAACUAUGCCAACGAAAGUUGAAGCUAGCUUUCAUUGAAAUUGCUGUGAAAUUAGGGUUGUUUGUUUACCUUUUAAUAGUUUCAUUAAGAGGCAAUCUCUGAAUC